AUGCCGCGCGGUGAGCACCACAGGUCUGAUCGCGAUAGAGACCACGAUUAUAGAGACAGGAGAGAGCGAGCCGAUGAAACUGGCAGUCAAGAAAUACUAGAUGAAGGAAUCAUACAGGUACAGGUCAUUCCCCAAGACGACAAUUGGGGAGAAACAGCCACCUCUAUCACAGAGACGGCAACAUCGCUCGUAACACUAAGUGAAACGGAUCUAAGCGACAUCGUCAAAGAAAGACGUCGUAUUUCAUGCGGUAGCUUUGGACGCCAUGUUAAACUUAUACCGCAAGCGGUUUUGUGCGUGUUUUCUGUAGUUUCGCCGAUUCUUUUCGUGGUGUUCCCACUGGUUACAUGGAAACCUACGCCUUGUGGCUCAACUUGUGAUGGACUUUUUAUUAGUUUUGCCGUCAAAGAGCUGUUGUUAAUGAUCGGGAUUUGGGCUUUGUAUUUUCGCAUGUCACGGGUCACCCUUCCUCGAUUGUUUGUUCUCCGAGUUGGCUUCAUGGUGCUUGUGUUUUUGGUUCUCGUUUGUUUCUGGCUUUUCUAUGGCUGGAGGAUCAUUGAUAAGAAGGCAGACAAUUUUUCUGAAAUUCUCUUAUUUGCGAUAAACAUGCUAGAUUCCUUGCUUUUUCUGCACUACACUUCUGUUGUGGUUCUUUGGAUUCGCCAAACAGACCCUUUGUUUACGCUCAAAGUGAUUCGUAGCACAGACGGAAUAAGUCGACAUUAUAACGUCGGGCCUUUGUCGAUCCAGCGGGCUGCAGUGUUUGUGUUGGAGCAGUAUUACAAGGAUUUCCCUGAGUAUAAUCCAUUUCUCAUGCAGACGCCAGCGCGGACGGCGCACAAGCAGUUCUCGAGUCUCAAAUUUUACGACAUCGAUGGAAAGCAGAAUGACAAAGUUAACCCGCGGGCCAGAGCAAUCUUAACGGCAGCUUCGACCCGUAGACGGGACCCAGCGAGAAACGACCGCUUCUACGAAGAAGCAGAGUUUGAUAAGAAAGUGAAGCGACGAAAAGCGCGAUUGUAUAACGCGUGCGAAGAGGCCUUUGGGCAUAUUAAACGCGUUCAACUUGAGCGCGGCCCUUGUGUUCCGAUGGAUCCUGAAGAAACGGCGCAAUCCCUGUUUCCAUCAUUCGCCAGACCGCUCCAAAAAUACUUGAGAACUGUUAGACUUCACCAUCGAUACUCGAUGGACGGAAUUAUUAAGCAUCUCGCGCAUUGCUUGACUUUUGAUAUGACCCCGAAAGCGUUUCUGGAACGAUAUGUAAGCGAACAACCCUGUGUGGAAUUUACCACUAAAAAGCGAACGCAAAGUUGGAGUAUAGUCUGCGAAGAACAAGUUACGAAAUCACUGUCUUCUUCAACGGUGUUUCAACUAAAAGGAGACGAACUCUCUUUGAUAGUGACCGUACGAAGACUGCCAUACCUUGAUAUUUCGGAAGACGAGUUUGACUUUGAAAGCAACAAGUUUGUACUUAGGCUCAACUCUGAGACUUCGGUCUAA